GUAGACCAUAAAAAGCAGUUUCCACCUUCCCCCAAAGCGUUUCUCUUAGGUCUAUUGUGGUUUUUGUCUCUGAAGAGAGAAGAGAUGGAAGAAAGGAAGGAGAGAGACAGAGACAGAGACAUGGAUGGAGAAAGAGGGUGUACUGGUACUCUUAACACUUAACCCUUUAUCUCAAGAUUUUUCUGGUUGGUUUUUCAUAAAAGUCACCAGGUUUUGGUUUAGAGAGAGAGAGAGAGAUAGCGAGAGAGCAAAGAAGCUUUGAAAUCGACUCUCUUUCUUUAAUUCUCUCCCUCUUUGAUGAUGAUCAUAAAUGAUGACCAUGGGCGAAAAUAGAAGUUUGUUUCGCCUUUAAUGGAGUUCAAAAGAGCUCCUGACGCAUAGAAGAAAGAAAGCUUGUUGUGGUUCGGUCAUGGCUCUUAAUAAAGGCAACUACCAAAGCCAACUGCAACAACAGCAACAACUACAACUGCAACUACAACAAGAACACCAUCACCAGCAGCAGCAGCAGCAACACCAAAAUUCUUACGGGAUGAUGCAAUCAUCAUCUUCCCUCGUCACCACCGGAAACUUCAUCAGAAGUAAAGACACUACUGGAACUUAUGACUUGGGUGAAUUAGAUCAAGCCCUCUUCCUCUAUCUUGAAGGACAAGAACACCACCCAUCAGUUCAAGAUCAAAGACAGAGUUCAGGGUUCAGGCCUCCAACUCUGAACAUUUUCCCUUCUCAGCCUAUGCAUGUAGAGCCAUCUACAAAGGUUACUACAGUUUCACCUUCUCCAACAAAUAGUGGUAAAAAGAGAUUAUCAGAGCCAUCCAUGGAGUUGGCCAACCAAAGAACUGAUGAUGUCCCAUCUGUACCUGAACCAGCAAAGACAGUCAAGCGUGAAGGAAAUCGCAAGGGACCAACAUCAAGUUCAGAGCAUGAAGGGCCAAAAACACCAGACCCUAAGACACUCAGAAGGCUUGCUCAGAACAGAGAAGCAGCUCGGAAAAGCAGGCUAAGGAAAAAGGCCUAUGUACAGCAGCUGGAGUCAAGUAGGAUUAAGCUCACUCAGCUUGAACAAGAGCUUCAAAGGGCAAGAUCUCAGGGAAUAUUUUUUGGAGGAGGAGCCGUAGGGGACCAAGGCCUCCCAGUUGGCAUUAACAACAUCAGCUCAGAUGCUGCGGUUUUUGACAUGGAGUAUGCGAGGUGGCUUGAGGAACACCACCGGCUCAUGUGUGAACUCCGAGCGGCGGUGCAAGAACACUUGCCGGAAAAUGAGCUACGGCUAUUUGUUGACAAUUGCCUAGCACACUAUGAUGAAAUAAUGACUCUUAAGGGCAUGGUACUGAAAUCAGAUGUGUUUCAUAUUGUUUCCGGCAUGUGGAAGACACCGGCGGAGCGGUGCUUCCUCUGGAUGGGCGGAUUCCGACCAUCAGAGCUUAUCAAGAUUAUUCUGAAUCAUAUCGAGCCACUGACGGAGCAACAGAUCAUGGGGAUAUGUGGGUUACAGCAGUCGACACAGGAGGCUGAGGAAGCUUUGUCGCAAGGGCUUGAAGCUCUCAACCACUCUCUAUCGGACACCAUUGCCUCUGAUGCGCUUAGUUGCCCUCCCAACAUGGCCAACUAUAUGGGUCAGAUGGCCGUAGCCAUGAACAAGCUCUCCACCCUCGAAGGUUUCGUCAGACAGGCGGAUAAUUUGAGGCAGCAGACACUGCAUAGGUUGCACCAGAUAUUGACGAUUCGUCAAGCUGCAAGGAGUUACUUGGCCAUCGCUGAGUACUUCCAUCGGCUCCGAGCUCUUAGUUCUCUGUGGUUGUCACGGCCACGCCAAGAAUAAAUAAUCACCAUCAUCAUCUCCAUCCAGUCUUCUCAAUUUCUCUUUUAAGUUGAACAUUAAGGGAUCACUCUUCAAUGAUCUUUUUGACUCGAUCAAUCUUUUACAUGGAGUAAUAUAGGUAGAUAGAUUAGAUCAAUAGAAAGCCAUUAUUUCUCUCUCUCUCUCUCUCUCUCUCUCUCUCUCUCUACACUGUAAGAUCUAAAAAUUGAGAGAGGUAAUGAUUAGGCAGCCAUUUCUGACCAAGGAAAGAUGAAGACAAAGGAAGGGAAACGUUGAAGAUUAAGAGAGAACAACUCAAGAAGGCACCGGAAGAAGAAGAAGAAGUGAAGAAGGGGAUUGAAGAGAGAAGAAUUGUACUUUUGUUACAAUUUUCUUAGAAGUCUGGAGAGAAUUUCUUUGGGGUAGAGCUACAAAGGAUGGGACGAAUGUGAGAGUCAAACGUCCACGUGGCUUUCUAAUGAUCAUGCAUGCAUGCCUUUCCACUUCUGGACCCAUUUGACGAAUGUGACACUGAUCCCUUUCACAUUGCAACCACCCCCUCUCUCUCUCCCUCUCUCUCUUGGGUUGGUGGCAGGUGGCUCUCAUAUUGGACUCUUGAAUCAGAAUAACUUAGAAGCUAAACUUCAUACUUCAAUGGUAUGAUUAUAGAGUGAGAACUGAUCAUCCAAGAGUGGCCCAUUACAGAAUCAUGCCCCAAGUUAUUAAAUUCUCCAAAUUAUUAGAAUUUUACCGAAUUAUACAAAUAAUUCUGUCCGAAUCAAA